UUCGGAAGCUCUUUGUUCUGAGCGGAACAGUUUGUCGAGCCUACAGUUACCUUCGUUCCAGUGGUGCAGUAGCACGUACUGCUUUCCGGUCCGAUUUGUUUGCAUCUCCCUCUGGCCGUCACUUCCGAUAAUGAAUCUGUGCAAAAUAUUUAAUCUGAUUAAAGUUAGGAGAUAGUUCUGAAAAUGGAGACGGCUCAGCCUGAGGCGGAUGAAAGAAGCCCGCUGUUAAAUGCGGAGCCUAGAAGUGAAGGCACGUUGGUUGAGAAGCCACAGGAAAAUCAAAGUCGUUGGAGGUCAAUCCGUGUCAUGUACCUUACCAUGUUCUUCAGCAGUAUAGGUUUCUCGAUUGUAGUGUCUUCAAUUUGGCCAUUUCUACAAAAGGUCGAUAAGACUGCAGAUGCGAGUUUUCUUGGAUGGGUUAUUGCAGUUUACAGCUUGGGACAGAUGAUUGCAUCUGUACUGUUUGGUGCAUGGUCCAAUUACAGGCCAAGAAGGGAACCUCUUAUUAUCUCAAUUUUGAUUAAUGUAGCAGCAAACAUACUGUAUGGCUAUGCACAUGCCCCACCAUCUCAUAAUAAGUACUACAUGCUGCUUGCUCGAGCAUUUGUUGGAUUUGGAGCAGGAAAUGUGGCUGUGGUACGAUCAUACGUUGCUGGUGCAACGUCACUUCAGGAAAGGAACAGUGCAAUGGCAAAUAUCAGUGCUUGUCAAGCUCUGGGAUUUAUACUAGGACCAGCUUUGCAGACUGCUUUGACAAGCAUUGGGCAAACAGGAGUCUCUUGGAAGAUGAUUGACCUUGAGUUUAACAUGUACACUGCACCAGCUUUUCUGGGAGCUUUCCUAGGAAUUAUAAAUAUCAUUCUUAUUAUUGCAGUAUUCAGGGAACACCAUAUCACUGAGUUGGAAAGAGCAAGAUGUAUAAAUGUUAACAUCCAAGGAAGUUCGGAGAUGCUUGAAAAUUCUGAUGGGGACAUAGAUCUGGUUGCAGUUGUAACAUGCAAUGUCCUGUUUUUCGUAACUCUCUUUGCAUUUGCCAUUUUUGAAACGAUAGCCACCCCAUUAACCAUGGACAUGUAUGCAUGGACUGGGAAGCAGGCUGUCCUUUACAAUGGGCUUCUCCUGGUGGGUGUUGGUGUAGAAUCCAUUGUUGUUUUUAUGACAACAAAAAUUCUUUCAAAAAGAUUUGAGGAUCGUCUAUUGCUACUUGGAGGAUUUGUUAUUAUUCUUGUUGGCUUCUUUAUUUUGCUUCCGUGGGGAAACCAGUAUCCCCAAAUCCAGUGGACAGAGAUUAAGAAUGGUUCCAACUACAGUUCUGCUGAAAUAAAGUAUCGUGGAUCUUCCAUAGUUACAUGGAAUUUCUUAACACAGCCUUCACACAAUCUCAAUGCUGUUGCAGUAGGUUGUCCUGUGCAGCAAGUAUGGUGUCAAUAUAUACCUAUUAUCCAUCUAGCUCAAUACAUCCUAUCUGUUAUCCUGAUUGGAGUUGGAUACCCAAUCUGUAAUGUUAUCUCCUACACCUUGUAUUCAAAAGUUUUAGGACCAAAGCCCCAGGGCAUUUAUAUGGGCUGGUUAACAGCUUCUGGAAGUGGAGCACGCACACUUGGACCAGCUUUUGUUGGUCAAGUUUAUCCUCGUUAUGGACCUCGGUGGACAUUUGGCCCCCUAUGUGGGAUGGUGAUGGCAGCUACAAUACUUGUUGUGCUGAUGUAUAAAAGACUCAUUGGAUUCUCAGUCCGGUGUCUGACCCUACAACAAUGAUAAACAUUAAGGAACAAAAAGAAAAAUAAUCAAUGGAUAGAGCCUUGAGAACAAAACUAAAUUGCACUUUAUCUUUUAUCUACUGAAGCUAAUAGUGAUGAGGUUUAACUAUAAUUGCUUCUUUCUAAACCACUUUAUUUACUUGACUUUGAUACGCUAUUCAACUUUUGCUGUGUAAAAUUCCAAUGUUAAUACGAUAACAUGAUAGCAUGUGUACUUUUAAAAACCCACUAAUUUUGAAAUACCAAUUAGAGAAAUACUGUAAACUUUUAUUUGUGUGUGAAAAAGGUUAAUAGCUCAGUGCUAGUGUGCUUUACAAGUCAUCAUGAAACAGGCAUGUUUGGUGCCGUGUUAUCCAUACGUAUAUCAAUUUAUGACUCACUUUGAAAUGAUUAGGGGAACAUGAAAAGCAAACUUCAGCCAGAGGUACCAUUUACAAUUUGUCUAAAACUUCAGGAAUAUUUGUUAUUUCACUGUAAAAUUUAGACACACAUAGAAAUAAGUCUCAAAUAAUAUGCAUUACAAUAGAUGCAAAUUGUCUUUGAAGCCAACUGUGCUCAACAUUGUUUGUUUAUAACUUGAAACACCAGCAAAACAGGUAAGUGCAUAGUAGCAGAAGGCAAAACAUUGACUUCAGUUUAAGGGAAAUCCCUUUACCCAGUAUGCACAACAUCAUCAGGAAUUGAAUGCUUACACAGCUCAGUGACAUGGGAAAGGAUUUUUUUUCUGCUACUGUGAGUGCCUGCAAAAAGCUGAUGCAUAAAGGUAUUUUCAAAUGCAUUUGUCAGGAAUUGCCACCCCAGAAUAUGGGGAAGGAAAUGGUGAUACUGGGAGGCUGCUAAUUGCUAGUCAAGGCUGAGGUUAGGAAAACUAGGAGGUGGAGACAAUCCUGGAAUAUUAGGUCAAUCAGAUGGUCAUCUCAAUUGUUAUCAACAAACAAGCACCAGAUUGUGCAAUACAAACUCAUCCGAUGGAUACAGCUUCUCAGCAUCAGAUUCUCUGGCCUUGUAAUCUGAUUGUAUCUGCAUUGUACUCACUUUAUAUAUGGAAAACUCCUAUUGACUUCUUCCACCCUCUCACAAGCUAUCUUUUAGUGAUCAUUUUUAAAAAUUACUGCCCACUACAUUCUCAAUUUUAAGUGCACUGAACUGCAUGGGUAACUGUACUGUAAUAUUAUAAAUUUGUUUACUAUAAAUAACUUUGGCUC